AUGAACGACCAAACGCAAUUCACAGAAAGGGCCCUAACGCUUUUGACGUUGGCCCAAAAAUUGGCUUCAGACCAUCAACAUCCUCAAUUACAGCCUAUACAUAUCCUGGCUGCCUUCAUUGAAACGCCUGAGGAUGGAUCUGUCCCAUAUCUACAGAACUUAAUCGAAAAGGGCCGUUAUGAUUAUGACCUUUUCAAAAAAGUGGUUAAUAGAAAUCUGGUCAAGAUCCCUCAACAACAACCUGCACCCGCAGAGAUUACUCCAAGUUAUGCUCUGGGUAAAGUAUUACAAGACGCUGCCAAGAUUGAAAAACAACAAAAGGACUCAUUUAUAGCGCAAGACCACAUAUUAUUUGCUCUUUUCAACGAUUCCUCUAUUCAACAAAUCUUCAAGGAAGCUCAAGUGGACAUCGAAGCCAUUAAACAACAAGCCCUCGAACUCCGUGGUAAUAGUAGAAUUGACUCCCGUGGCGCUGAUACCAACACACCUUUGGAAUAUUUAUCAAAGUACGCCAUUGACAUGACCGAGCAAGCUCGUCAAGGUAAGCUUGAUCCUGUCAUUGGUCGUGAAGAAGAAAUUAGAAGCACUAUCAGAGUCCUAGCAAGGAGAAUUAAGUCCAACCCAUGUUUGAUCGGUGAGCCAGGUAUUGGUAAGACCGCCAUUAUUGAAGGUGUUGCCCAGAGGAUCAUUGAUGAUGAUGUGCCCACUAUUUUACAGGGCGCUAAAUUAUUCAGUUUGGAUCUAGCUGCUCUUACCGCCGGUGCCAAGUAUAAGGGUGAUUUCGAGGAAAGAUUUAAGGGUGUUUUGAAGGAAAUCGAAGAGUCAAAAACUUUAAUCGUCUUAUUCAUCGAUGAAAUUCAUAUGUUGAUGGGUAACGGUAAAGAUGAUGCUGCUAACAUCUUGAAGCCAGCUUUGUCCAGAGGUCAGUUGAAAGUUAUUGGUGCCACCACAAAUAAUGAAUACAGAUCUAUAGUGGAAAAGGAUGGUGCCUUCGAGAGAAGAUUCCAAAAGAUUGAAGUCGCCGAACCAACUGUUAGGCAAACUGUCGCUAUUUUGAGAGGUUUACAACCAAAAUAUGAAAUCCAUCAUGGUGUAAGAAUCCUGGAUAGUGCCUUAGUCACAGCCGCUCAAUUGGCCAAACGUUACCUACCAUAUAGAAGACUGCCAGAUUCCGCUCUAGAUUUAGUUGAUAUUUCGUGUGCUGGUGUCGCCGUCGCAAGAGACUCUAAACCAGAAGAACUGGACUCUAAGGAACGCCAGUUACAAUUGAUUCAAGUGGAAAUUAAGGCUCUGGAAAGAGAUGAAGAUGCUGACUCUACUACUAAGGAUAGAUUGAAAUUUGCAAGACAAAAAGAAGCCUCAUUGCAAGAAGAAUUGGAGCCAUUAAGACAACGUUACAAUGAAGAAAAGCAUGGCCAUGAAGAACUAACACAAGCUAAAAAGAAAUUAGAUGAACUGGAAAACAAGGCUCUUGAUGCUGAACGUAGAUAUGAUACUGCUACUGCUGCUGAUUUAAGAUAUUUUGCUAUUCCAGAUAUCAAGAAGCAAAUUGAAAAUCUUGAAGAACAAGUCGCUGAGGAAGAAAGCCGUGCUGGUGCAAACUCCAUGAUUCAAAACGUGGUCAAUUCGGAUACUAUUUCCGAAACAGCCGCAAGAUUAACUGGUAUUCCUGUUAAGAAACUAUCAGAAUCUGAAAAUGAAAAGUUGAUUCAUAUGGAACGUGACCUAUCUUCAGAAGUCGUGGGUCAAAUGGAUGCCAUCAAAGCUGUUUCCAAUGCGGUGAGAUUGUCUAGAUCAGGUCUAUCCAAUCCAAGACAACCUGCAUCUUUCUUAUUCUUGGGUUUGUCAGGUUCUGGUAAGACUGAAUUAGCCAAGAAGGUUGCUGGAUUUUUGUUUAAUGACGAAGAUAUGAUGAUCAGAGUUGAUUGUUCUGAAUUAAGUGAAAAGUACGCAGUUUCAAAAUUGUUGGGUACCACUGCAGGUUAUGUUGGUUAUGAUGAAGGUGGGUUCUUGACCAACCAACUGCAAUACAAGCCAUACUCUGUUUUGUUAUUUGAUGAAGUGGAAAAGGCUCAUCCGGAUGUUUUGACUGUUAUGCUACAAAUGUUGGACGACGGUAGAAUUACUUCUGGUCAAGGUAAGACAAUUGACUGCUCCAAUUGUAUUAUCAUUAUGACUUCCAAUUUAGGUGCUGAAUUCAUCAAUUCUCAACAAGGAUCCAAGAUCCAGGAACUCACCAAGAAUCUGGUCAUGAAUGCUGUUAAACAGCACUUCAGACCAGAAUUUUUGAACAGAAUUUCCAGUAUUGUUAUCUUCAAUAAACUAUCGAGAAAGGCUAUCCAUAAGAUUGUAGAUAUUCGUUUGAAAGAAAUUGAAGAGAGAUUUGAGCAAAAUGACAAGCAUUAUAAGUUGAAUCUGACCCAAGAAGCUAAGGACUUCUUAGCCAAAUAUGGUUACUCUGAUGAUAUGGGUGCACGUCCAUUAAACAGAUUAAUUCAGAACGAAAUUUUGAAUAAACUAGCACUUAGAAUUCUGAAGAAUGAAAUUAAGGACAAGGAAACAGCUAAUGUUGUUUUGAAGAAGGGUAAAUCCCGUGAUGAAAACGCUCCUGUAGAAGCUGAAGAAUGUCUGGAAGUCUUACCAAACCACGAGGCUACUGUAGGUGCCACAACAUUGGACUAUGACGAUAAUGAAGAUAGCAUGGAAAUCGAUGACGAGCUAGAUUAA